AGAGAGAGAGAGAGAGAGAGAGAGAGAGAGAGGUACUCCACGGUCACUCCAUCGUCUGAGCAGACCUCCGGCGAGGCAGCGAGGAUCUGAACCCUUCUUCCACCUCACCGAUCGUGUUGGGCGUGCCGGAAUGAUGGAGACUUCAUAGUUUCUGGAACUUAUUUUCUUCUUCAAACGGGUGGAAAUUCCGUUUGGGAUUUUAUUUUUGGGGACCACAACGCAGCUUUGGGACAGGAGAGGCUGUCUCCUCGUCAUCCUGCCAACUCACUAUCCUUUUUAUUAUUGUGGAGAUUUGUGUAUUCCUGCGUGACUCCCCGCGACCAUGGAGAUGCCCUUGUUUGGAUGUUAUGGAGAUGUUUGGGAGGUGCUGGUCCUGAGGAGGACAGGUGGAAUCAACCUGCUGCUGCUCUUCUGGCUGCUGGGUGCUCACGGCUCAGGGGCCUACUUGUCACCUUCCUCAUCUCAUCCAGGAGGUUUUGUGGACUUCAUAUUCACCCAAGAGCCUCAGGACACGGUGACGGUGCGAGGCGGCUUGCUGCAGCUCGACUGCCAAGCCCACUCAGACACGGCAGCUGAAAGCCCCACCAUCACCUGGCGGAAGGACGGUGUGCUUCUCAGUGCGCUGGUGGAUGAGCGGCGGCAGGAGCUGGCCAACGGAUCACUGCUGGUUCAGAAUAUUGUACACUCGCGGCACCACCGUCCUGACGAGGGAGAGUACCAGUGCCUCGCCACACUGGAUGGCCUGGGAAGUAUUGUGAGCAGGAGUGCUAAAGUCACUGUGGCGGGUCCACUAAGGGUAGUUGUCCCCACUGAGUCCGUCUCUUCCUACCUCGGUGACACAGCACUGCUACGUUGUGAGGUCUCAGGAGAACCAACUCCCGUCAUCCGCUGGCAGAAAAAUCGAGAUGAUUUGCCGCUGACAUUUGAUCCCUCCUCCCGCCUCGCGGUGUUGCCGUCUGGCUCUCUGCAGGUCAGCCGUGUCCAGCCUCCAGACUCAGCCACCUAUCGCUGUUUGGCUGACAAUCCUGGCAGCACAAGGACGGGGGCAGAUGCUGAACUACGGGUGCUCCCAGAGCCCGGUCUGAACCGAAACCUCCAGUUUCUUCAACGGCCUUUGAGGGUAACUGCUGUGCUGGGAACUGAUGCUGUGCUGGAAUGUUCCAUCUCUGGAUACCCCACUCCGAGCAUUCAAUGGCGAAGAGGAGACGAAGUCAUCCUGACUCGGAAUAAGAAGUAUUCGCUGUUGGCGGGCAGCAAUCUCAUCAUUAGGAGCGUCACCGACGAUGACUCUGGCAGUUACAGCUGCACAGCUGCCAACAAGAACCACAACAUCAGUGCAAGCGCAGAACUGAGUGUGCUGGGUCCUCCUCAGUUCCUGAACUAUCCAACCAACACAUACGCCUACGAAUCCACUGACAUCGAGCUGGAGUGUGCAGUGACAGGAAACCCAGCACCGACCAUCCGCUGGAUGAAGAACGGAGAGGAAGUUAUCCCCAGUGACUACUUCCAAAUAGUGGAUGGCAGUAACCUGCAGAUUUUAGGUUUGGUCAAGUCAGAUGAAGGAUUUUAUCAGUGUGUUGCAGAGAACAUCGCCGGCAGCUCGCAGGCUAUGGCUCAACUGUUGCUCCGACAGCCAGAAGCCACACCCACUCACUACAGGCCCGCCCACACGCCUCCUCCCCCCCGACCACCUCCUGCUCCGCCUGCUCCUUCUGGCACCCCUUUGACUUACUCCUCCUCCUCUGAUCCCCCACCAGUGUCCCCCAGCCCAGGCGUUGCCCUCCCCUCUGCCCCCCGCGACCUGGUCCCUGUCCUAGUGUCCAGCCGAUUUGUGCGACUCAGCUGGCGACCCCCAGAGGAGACAGGAGGGUCCAUCCAGACUUAUGGCAUUUACUACUCCCAGGACGGUGUUGAAAGGGAGAGGUCGGUAAACGUGUCAGAGCCUGAGUCCUUGGAACUGACCGUUUCCAACCUGAAGCCAGAGGAGAGCUACAGUUUCAGAGUCGUGGCUUACAACGAUGUUGGACCAGGAGACAGCUCCGCCGCCUUGAGAAUCACAACCAAACCAGAUCUCCAGGUUCCCAGCAGGAUUGAGUCACUACGUGCUGAGACUCUUUCUCCAACUUCCAUCCAGGUCAACUGGGAGCCUCCCAAUGCCCCAAAUGGACCCAUACUGGGGUACAGGGUGCUAUGGACAGAGAGCUUAUCAAGCAAGGAACAGAUUGUCAAUGUCAGUGGACUGAACUACAAGAUGGAGGGACUGAAUAAAUUCACUCAGUACGUGGUCUGCGUUUUGGCUGUGAACCGCUUUGGAUCUGGACCCACCUCAGAGAGCAUCAUGGUCACCACCCAAUCAGAUGUACCCAGUGCCCCUCCCCAGAACAUCACCUUAGAUGUUGUGCUGUCAAGGAGCAUCAAAGUGUCAUGGCAGCCACCUCCACGGGGCGCACAGAAUGGCAUCAUCAGCGCGUACAAGAUCAAAUAUAGGAAGACGGGCCGCCGUGGAGAUCAGGAGGCCAUUGAGCCAAACAACCUAUGGUAUCUGUUCACAGGUCUUGAGAAGGGCAGCCAGUACAGUUUCCAAGUAGCCGCCAUGACCACCAAUGGAACAGGCCCAGCUAGUGACUGGUAUACCGCUGAGACACCUGAGAAUGAUUUGGAUGAGAGUCAGGUUCCAGACCAACCCAGCUCGCUGCAUGUCAGACCACUUCCCAACAGCAUCAUCAUGUCUUGGACUCCUCCAAUCAGUCCCAACAUCCUGGUUCGAGGUUACAUCAUUGGCUACGGAGUGGGAAGUCCCUAUGCAGAGACAGUUCGUGUUGACAGCAAGCAGAGAUACUUCUCCAUCGAAAACCUGGAGCCGAGCUCGCACUAUGUGAUUUCCCUGAAGGCCUUCAACAAUGCCGGAGAAGGAGUUCCUCUAUACGAGAGUGCUGUCACUCGAUCUCUGACAGACCCCAUAGAUCCAUCUGAAGAUGACCUUUUCCACCUCUUUGAUAAAUACCCCACUCCCAUGCCAGACACCAGCACACCCAUGAUCCCCCCCGUUGGGGUACAAGCCGUGGCUCUCUCCUCGGACUCUGUCCGGGUCUCGUGGGCUGACAACUCCAUGACCAAGAACCAGAAGUCGUCUGAGGUUCGCUAUUACUCAGUCAAGUGGAAGACCAGCUAUUCUACCAGCGGCAAAUACAAGUCUGCAGACACUACCGCACUGAGCCACACUGUCACUGGCCUCAAACCAAACACCAUGUAUGAGUUUGCAGUCAUGGUAACAAAAGGUCGGAAGUCCAGUACUUGGAGUAUGACGGCGCACGCCACCACCUACGAAGCAGCUCCCAACUCGGCACCCAAAGACUUGACAGUUAUUAGUCGGGAGGGACGUCCCCGAGCCAUUUUAAUCAGCUGGCAACCACCAAUGGAGGCAAAUGGGCGGAUAACAGGUUACAUCCUGUACUACACCUUGGACAAGAACAUGCCGAUAGACAACUGGGUGAUGGAGACAAUAAGCGGCGACCGGCUGACCCAUCAGGUUGUUGAUCUAAACCUUGACACGGUGUAUUACUUCCGGAUCCAGGCUAAGAACGCCAAAGGAGUUGGUCCACUGUCUGAACCUGUCCACUUUAGGACAGCCAAAGUGGAACAUCCAGACAAGAUGGCAAAUGACCAAGGUCGUGGAGGAGACCAUGCAUACUGGCCACCUGAUAGCAACCUGAUUGACAGAAGCAACAUGAAUGAGUCUCCCAUUGGUCAAAUGCAUCCGCCACACGGCAGCGCUACCCCUCAAAAGAACAGCAACCUUUUGGUCAUCAUCGUGGUUUCCGUGGGAGCCAUCACCGUGGUGGUGGUGGUCAUCGUGGCCGUCAUCUGUACCCGGCGCUCCUCCGCCCAGCAGCGCAAGAAGAGAGCGAGCCACAGUGUGAGUAAAAGGAAGGGCAGCCAGAAGGAUCUGAGACCGCCGGAUCUCUGGAUCCAUCAUGAGGAGAUGGAGAUGAAGAACAUUGAAAAAGCUCCAAGUGUGGCCCCGUCUGGACACGAGUCACCCAUCCAUUCUUGCCAGGACCUCCCCCAGGUUGCCCACAGCCAAUCAGAGAGCCAGAUGGGCAGCAAGAGCAGCCACUCAGGAGCAGACGGUGACGAGGCAUCCAGCACUAUUUCUACUCUGGAACGCUCCUUGGCUGCCAGGAGGGGAACGCGGGGCAAAAUGAUGAUUCCUAUGGAUUCACAACCAAGCAACACACCUGUGGUCAGUGCCAUACCAGUGCCAUCUCUAGAUUCCUCGCAGUAUCCCGGGAUACUUCCUUCCCCCUCCUGCAGUUUCACUCACAACAAAUUCAGCUUAAGGCCGAUGCCUUUCUCCAGCCUGACGUUGGACAGAGGAUACACACAAGUCAUACCCACAGAUGGUUCCACCAAUCCUCUUCUUCAGCAGCAGUCGCCACCACAACAGCCUCCUCCCCUCCUGCCUGGCUCUUCCGUCCCUCCUGGGGAGCAUGUUCCAGGCAUGGGCCCUGUUCCCGGGGCCCCCGCUACUGCUGCGACUGCUGUCACCUCAGAGGAAGGUCAGGUGGGUGCAAGUCGGAACAUACCCACAGCGUGCGUCCGGCCGACCCACCCGCUACGAAGCUUCACCAACCCACUUUUACCACCGCCCAUGGGGACCAUCGACCCCAAGGUGUACACCUCCAUGAUGCCACAGUCCACUGCAAGCCUCCCAAAGCCUCAGGUGAAGACAGCUUCUUUGGGUCAAGCCGGGAAGGCUCGAUCUCCUUUGCUUCCCGUCUCAGUUCCGACAGCGCCUGACAUACUCGAGGACGGAGCAACAAAACCCGUAGAGGAUUCAGCUGCCAACGUGUAUGAGCAGGACGACCUUUCAGAGCAGAUGGCUAGUUUAGAGGGGCUGAUGAAGCAGCUCAACGCCAUUACUGGCUCUGCCUUCUAAAGCCUUCUAAGCACCCAGCCCCCGAGCAGAAACAGUUCUUCAAGCCUCCACGUCUCCGGCAACAGCCGCAGCCUCUGAAGUUUGAAGGUGCCUACGGGGACUCGGACUCGGGACCUCCAUCUGUGCUGGAUUGAACCACACAUCAUCAACUCCAGGAACAGGAUGAGUGUGGAGGGUUCAACCUAACAGAAACAAAAGGAGGGACUACCAAUGCCCACCAUCAAGACUCAAUGAAAUGGCAGAAAAAAAAGACCCAAUUGUAAGAUCUUUCCUGUUUCUCUUCUUUGUAGUAUUUAUUAAGAUCCGCCUCCUCUGAGUUCUCAGCGACUCAGUUACUGUGACUGUACCUCCUUGCCGUCAGGAGUAUUCUUUUCUUUUCUAUUUAAAACGAACCCUCACACACCGAUGUGAAUAUGGUGUGAAACCAGUACCUUCGGAGUGAAAAACACACAAACGUUCAGCUUCUACAGCUUUUAGUUUGCCUGUUGGUGAAGUUCAAGCUGACAUUCCUGCACGUUUGUCUUCAGCCGCUCAUUUUGAUGUGGUUUCACCGGACCAAACCACUUCCGACUCUGGAUAACAGACCACCAAACCGGACAAACUAGAUCAACAAGGAUGAGUGUUGUUGCCAAAUACAUCUCGGGAAACUUCCCUGUCACAUUCCAGCCCUGCAUUUGUUCCAGCAGUUUUGGACUGGCAUUUGCUGGUCGGUUCUGGAUGUUAUGUGGCGACUGGACCUACACUGUAAUUCAAACAAGACAGUAGUGAUGAUGGCAGUAAUGAGAGUGAAAAUGACAACUGUUUAUUUUUUUACUUUGUGUAUUUUCAGUAUAUAUUUGACUUAUUAUUAAGGUGGAUGUGUUCUUAAUAGAUUCAUAUUUAUUUUGGAUUAGAUACACCCAUAUUGUACCGAUGUCAGUCUUGAAUUUUCAGUUUCACGUGGAGGGGUCAGCUUUUGAUACAAAACAAGAAUACAAACACAAAGUCAUGCAUAUUCCACAAAGUGUAUUUUUUCACUUUCUGAAAACGUUUCCACAGAGGUACAACAGAGGUCAGCAUAAAAAGUGUGUAGAAGAUAAUAAGGGGAAUUGUUCUCUCCAUUUAAUUUUUUUUUAAUGCAAGCAGUCUGUAACGUGGACUAAGUAAACACUCAAUAUGCUUCCAUGCACACAAUAUACCAGAACCCAGGAAAUAUAAAUCUGGACAUUGUCUUCCCAAACACCAAUUCCAAUCAAUGACCAUUCCAUUCCAUUCUCCUCGGUUUAUCCGGGUGGCGGUGGGCCUGACGGUACCUGACUCGAUAUCCCGGUCCAACCCCGGGAUGCAGGCGAAGCUCAGUCGGAGAUGAGAGUUGAAGACUCAACAAACAAGCAUACCCUCACUACACGUUUGGCAAAUCAUCACCAGGUGGUGAUCAUUUGACAGCUCAGCCCUGCUCUUCACCCGUGUGUCGAGAACAUGCAGACGCAGGUCUGAUAAUACGACUACAGAGUCGAUCAUAGACCCGCAACCUAUGGUGUCUUGGUGCCAAGUGCACUUAUGAACCUCCAUAUGUUCAAUCAUGGUGUUAGUUAUGGCCAAACUGGGCGUCUCACAGUCCAAUAACAUCACACUGCACGGGUUCAUAUCGGGAAGGCCGUUCCUCCCAAUCAUGACCCUCCAGGUCACACUGUCAUUGCCCGCACGGGCGUUGAAGUCUCCCAGUUUGUUGACGGAGUGCUCCCCAGCACCUCUCUGAUGGACCCCAAAAAGGCUGGGUACUCUGAACGCACAAAUGACAGUCAGGUCUCUUUACCCCACCCGAAGGCAUAGGGGAUGACUCCAACACAAUGGCACCAAGGUGGGGGGCUAUUAAUAAGCCCACACCAGCUCGCCGCCUCUCCCCUGCAGCAACUCUAGAGUAGACCCAUCCUCCUCUCGAGGAGUUUGGUUCCAGAACCCCAACUGUGGAUCAAGGUGAGUCCGAUUAUAUCUAGCCGGAAUGUCUCAACCUCUCGUGCAAGUUUGGGCUCCUUCCCCACCAGAGAAGUGACAUUCCAUGUCAGAUUUUGUUGCCAAAGGUCGCCCAUGCGUCCGCCCAACUACCACCCAAAAACUCAAUGCACCGAACCCUUAUGCUUGGCCCCGCAGUUGGUGUGUCUACCGGGGGAGGGAGGAACCCGUGUGGCUUUUUCAGGGUGGGCCCAGCCGUGCCCCAUGGGUGAAGGCCUUACCACCAGGCGCUUGCCUGCGAGGUCCUCCCCCGGGCCUGGCUCCAGGUUGCGGCUCCGGUAUCCCACUUCCAGGCGAGGUGUGGUCUCUAUUCUUGCCUUUCUCCAUUAGGGUCUUCCUUAAGGUAGUUUUCCCACAGGCACCCGUAGCAUGGGCCUGUAUCCCAUGCUGUAUCCCUGUAAGCCCAAUACCGGUUCAUACUAAGAUGUUGGUGGAAUACGAAGUGGUUAUUGAUGCUCACUGCUCGGAUGGAAAAGGAAUGUGUUUGGUUUUAUAUUGGGUUACACGAGUGUAAAUGUGACUGUAGGGGUGUUACUAUUUCAUGUCUAGAUGGGUAAAGCUGGGGAGGGGUGGUUGGAAAUGGAUCACCCGCAUUACCAACACCAAAUGUUGGCAUGGUGUGCAUGGAAAUGUAGUGAAUGUUAUGCAGUGACAGUAUUUUGGUUUUGAGUGUGACAUUUCAAACAUGAGGUCAGUCAGCAAAUGAGAGAAGAAUACGUCUUUUAACUUUCUUCUUUGAAUUUGUAUUGACAGCUGAGAAGGAAAAGUGUCCAAUUAAAUGGAUCAUUAGUGGAGCUUGCCUUGCUUUUGUUUAGUCUUGCUUCAGAGAAGAUUCAUUCAUGAAGAGCCUUUGUAGAAAUAUCUACAAUUUUUCCCCCAAAUAUCAGACCUAAUUUCCUACUCUUUGAGGACAAGUGUUUGGAGACACAAAAUAUAUUUCAACUAAACCCAUAAGAACCCAUGGUGACAUGCGUGCCAUGUCACCAUGACGUUUAGUAAACAUCGUGAAGGGGUUGUCCCACCCUAAAUGGCAUGUCAGGUAAACUGGCUCAUUUGCAAAAGCUUACUUUUUUGCUGUGAAAGUAAAUUUUUAACAUUUAUUCAGAAAAAAUAUAUAUCUUAAAGGAAAAAAACAAGAUAGGAAAAUACCGCUAUUGGGCGUUUAGCCUUAAAACUCCUGUGGAAAGCCUGAUCUUACGUAUUUCUCACAAUAGUAAAAAUGCUGAUUAGACACUCAAUAAAUGUCAACGUUCAAUUUUUUUUGGGAUGAAUACAUGUUCUUUCUUCAAUUCAAAGUACAUUUGUGCUACACAAAGUAUCGGGUUGACUUACCAUGAACAAUGUAACAAAUCCAAAAGUAUUGGAGGCCAAUUCCGUUAUUUUUCCUGUAGACUGGAAACGUUUGGGUUUGACACUAAAAGAGAGCAAUAUUUCAGCUUUUAUUUCCAGGUAUUUACAUCUGGAUGUGACAAACAACUUAUGAGAUGGCAUUAUUUGUAAAGGAACACCACAUUGUGAGGUGACCAAAAGUAUUGGAACAGGCACUUAAAAUAACGUAAAGUGAAUAAGACUUAAUAUUUUGUUGCAAAUCCUUUGUUUGCAAUAAACUGCAUCAAGCCUGUGACCCACAGACAUCACCAUUCUUUUUUGUGAUGCUUUUCAAGGCUUUCACUGCAGCAUCUUUCAGUUGUUGUUUGUUUUUGGGGGGAGGUUACUCCCUUCAGGCUCCUCUUGAACUUAAAAUGUCUGGACAUUGACUUGGACAGUCUAAAACUGCCCCGAUGAACACUUUUGUUUGUUUAUUUUUUGCAGUGUUUUGGGUCAUUAUCUUGCUGCACGAUGAUCAGUUUGGAUGCAUCUUUCUUUAAACUCGCAGACAAAACGUUUCUGUAGAUUUCAGAGUUAAUUUUGCUGCUGCCAUCAUGGAUUACAUCAUCCAUGAAGAUCAAUGAGCUCGUCCCAGAAGAAGCCAUGCAAGCCCAGAACACAACGUUGCCCACCAUGUUUAACAGAUGAGCUUCAAUGUUUGGGAUCAUGAGCAGAUCCUUUCUUUCUCCAAACUUUAGCCUUUCCAUCACGCUGGUAAAGGUUCAUCUUUGUCUCAUCAGUCCAUAAAAUUUGUCCCAGAAUUUUUUAGGCUUGUCUGUGUACUUUUUGGCAAAAUCCAGCCUGGUCUUCUUAUUCUUUUUGCCAAUGAGUGGUUUGCAUCUUUUGGUGUAGCCGCUGUACUUUUGGUCAUGAAGUCUUCUCCGAACAGUAGAUGCUAAUACCUUCACUCCUGCCCUCUGGACGUUGUUGCUGAUUUCACCAACAGUUGUUUUAGGGUCUUUCUCUUUCUCUGCAGUUGUUAUCCUUGGUUUACCCAUUGGACGUCUGUUACUUAGUACACCAGUAGUUUAUUUCUUCUUCAGGACAUUCCAAAUGGUUGUACUGGUUGUACUGGCCAAUGUUUGUGCAAUGGCUCUGAUUGAUCUGCCAUCUUCUCUUAGCUUCACAACUGCUUUUUCACCCACAGACAACUCUCUUGUUUUCCUGUUUAUUACACCUCUGAUGUCUUCACAGGCAAAACCCAAACCUGAAACUGAGUGUAGACAUUUAGUGCUAUUUAUUGUUGAAAUAAUUCAUGUGAUAGGAACUCACCCGGGCAAUAAAACACACCAGUCAGUCACAUCUUACAAUAACUUUUGCUCAUCGAAAAAUGUGGUGUUCCUUUACAAAUAAUGCCAUCUUCUAAGUUGGAAGAUAACACCUGGAAAUAAAAGCUGAAAUGUUGCUCUCUUUUCUCAUGUUCAUCUUUUGGUGUCAAACCCAAAUGUUUCCAGUCCACAGCAAAAAUAACAAAAUUUGCCUCACUGAGCCAGUACUUUUGGAGGGUACUGUACUUGGCAACAAUUAGCAUAGCCCAGUUAGCGUGUUUUUGUUUUUAGGUAAAAAAUAUACAGCAAAAUUUUGUCUCAGAUUGUGUGCUUUACCCAGGUAGCAUACAAUAUGGCACACAUCUUGAUGUGUUAUUAAUAUUUUUUUGUUAUUAUUAAUUUUACCUAACAAAAUGCAAACCAGAACCGGAAAUCACUGUCCUUCGCCCAUCUAUGGGAUCAGCAGCAGCUCAACCCUGUUCUUUGCUAACAUGGUUUAUCGAUCACGGCUGCAAAAUAACCCAAAAUAGAGUCAGAGAAAGUACCAAGUGCCAGCAUUUUGAUUAAAAAAUACUAUUGAAUUCAAAAAGUUACCCAGAGCAAAACACAGCGGUAUCUGUGUUGCUCUCGCUGCCACAUCGUGUCUUUGGCAACAAUCUCAUCUUGAAUGAAAUUAAAAGUGACAUUAAAUGUUCAUUUAUAACUUUUAUUCAUCAUUUAUAUGCAUUUGGAAUUCUUGUGUGAUACAAUUUUUCUGUGUCUGGAACAGAUUACAGUAAUUGGAUUUGCAUUAUUUGCGGGAAAAACUGAUUUGGUUAGGGUACGUUCCGCUUUGAGUCGUACAUUCUGGAACUGAUUAAUGAUGUUAACCAAGGUUCCACUGUAGUAGUAUUUUAGGAAAAAAUGUCACCAAUGUUUUGUUCCACUUCGCUAUAAUUUAAAUUUAAAUAUCUCUGGAUUCUAAUGUGUUAAAUUGACAAAUGAUUCCAAGUGAGGUGAAGAAAACAAGCCAUCAGUCUGCUCCAUAGUCGACACCCUCGUCACCAUAUUGCAAUUUACAGACCUUUAUCUCUAUGUGAUGAAAAGGAGAAUCCUGGGGGAGAUUCGGGCAGACGAGCCGCAUUUAUAUUCAACACUGGCUGGCGAGAGUGUGAGCAGGGCACUGAGGAAUGAGGUGGCGAAUUCAUUAUAAAGACAUUGCAAACAUUAUGAUUCAGGCUCAUGCUCACUGGGCCGUUACGGCGGCAGGAAAAAGUCCCGGGGACGGAGGCGGUAGAAAGGUAACAUCUCCGCAGAAUGGAUGCCGCAAUGAAAGGUUGGAGAGGGCAGGUACAGGCGGUGUGGGGAUCAAACUCAUCAACCUGCUCUGGGAGAUGAAGCCACUUACUUUCUUCUCCCUCUUCUUAGGGCUCGGCUCGUUUUGAUUCAGCAGUAGGAAUGUUUUUAUUGUGGCAACAUCAACAAAAAUGAAAUUGUUUUGGCACCAUGGAAAAUAAUCUGCUGCGUGUAUUCAUUAUUUUGGUGUGCAAUGCUCUCAGGUUGUUUAGUUAGCGGUUAAUUUAAGUUCAAAUUCAGGUUACAAUAGGAUUAGGUUAAAUUCAUGGUACUUCUAUUUUACUAAUAUCAUUACAUGUUACAAAAUGAUCAGAUUCUUAAA